AUGGCCUUUAUAUUAUCCGAUAGUCACCCUCUCGGAAAGGUGAAACAUUACUUCGUCCGUCGAGAAUAUCAAGGUCGCGGACUGCAGCAUUUUCAUUGCAUGAUAUGGGUGGAAGGUGCACCGAUAAUUGGUAAAUUUACAGAUGAUGAAAUUGCAAAUUUCAUAUCGAAAUACAUUUCGUGCACGAUACCCGAGAAAACAGCAUUCCCAACAUUAUUCAAAAAAGUAAUAACGUACCAAAAACAUAAACAUAGCAAAUAUUGCCAACGAUUUAAACAAAGCAAGGAUAAAAAGAAAAAAUUCUCUGUUUGCCGAUUUGGAUUUGGUCGGAAAAUUACACCAAAUUUCAUUUUGCACAGCGUCGCCGAGUCCAUUUUGGGCCGAAGAAAAUUGCGCAAGACACGUUUGUAUGAUUUGCCAAGAACGACAGAGGAAGCUAAUAUCAAUGAUUACAAUCCGGCAUGUUUACUGGCUUGGUGUGGCAAUAUGGAUAUCCAGUUUAUUGGUGAAGCAAGCGAAGUUUUGCAACAGUAUAUUUUGAAGUAUGCACUGAAAAGUGAAAAGUCAAAUACUGGCGAUUUUCGAGAAUUUCUACAAAAUAGAAGUGCGGCCAGCAACUUAUGGAGCUUGGGAAUGCAAGCAUUAUCCAAUCGUGAGUGUGGUGCUCUCGAAGCAGCCGAUACAUUACUUCAACUUCCACUAUUUGAAACUGAUCGACAAACUGUCAUCAGAUGGGUGGAUGUAUCAAUGAACCGAGCACGUAAAGUUAAAACCAAACAACAACUAGAUAAUAUGCACGACGAUGCAGACAAUAUUUUCUGUCCAAAUUGGGUUGACGUAUAUUACCCUCAGCGACCAGAAGAAAUCAAAAAUAUAUGCCUUUAUGAUUUCGUUCGUUGGUAUGAUUUAAUUAAUAAUAAGCCCAAAAGUGAAACCGUACAAUAUUUCAUAUAUGGUGAGAGAUAUUUGCGACUAAGACAACAUCCAUAUCUGAUCAAUCAUUACAAGUAUAAUGUAAAAAAAGAGCCAGAAAGUUAUUAUCACUCCCUUCUUUUAUUAUUUAAACCAUGGAAAAACCAUGGUGAAUUGAUGUAUGGUAUGGACACGUAUAGAGAUGCGUUCUUGUCUUGUGCUGAUGAAUUGGAACACAUGCAUAAAUAUCAUGAAAAUCUGCAACAAAUUGUUCGUGCUCGAGAAGAAGUAGAAAAGGAAGUCGCUAAUUUAAUAGAGAAUGAGGAAAAUUCAAUUAACAUCAAUCGAAACGAAAAUGAAAAUGAGCACGAAAUUGUCGGUUUUGAAGUACAGAUCGGAAAUGAGUUGGAAGAAAUUGAUACCCGGGUACAAAAAUUGAACGAUAUGCCAAUCGAAGAUCAAAUAAAUCAGUUAAACAUCGACCAGAAACGUAUAUUUGAUGAAGUUGUGAGAUAUGUUACACGUUAUUGUACCGAAUGGGACGCUGCUGCUAAAGCAAAUGCUUCAAAUUUAAAGGAUCCUCGCUUAAUACCAAAUAAUGUUAUGAGAAAGUUCGUUUCUGGUGUAGGUGGCACUGGCAAAUCCUUUUUGAUUAAUAUUUUACGUCGACAUAUUCCAAAUUUAACCAAAAAGAAAGUUGUAGUUGCUGCACCAACUGGUAUAGCGGCAUUGAACGUGAAUGGGUUAACUCUGCAUCGAUUACUCCAGCUUCCUAUCGAACAUGAAGGAAAGUGUAAAUAUCGUCCACUUUCCAAUGAUAAAUUAGCAAAUAUUCGCUAUGAUUUGAAAGAUGUUGCUCUCCUUAUUAUCGAUGAAAUUUCAAUGGUUUCAAAUAUUUGCUUUGCUUGCUGUAAUAUACGAUUAUGUGAAAUUUUCAACACCAUUCAAGAAGAAGAUGGCUAUUUUGGAAAAAUCAAUAUAUUACUUUUUGGAGAUUUGCUUCAAUUGCAACCAGUUGGUGAAGCAUCGUUUGCUGGAAUUCCCACGGCAAUCAGAAUUAUUUGGUUCAUUAGCAGUAGAAAAUUUGUGGAUAAAAUUAUUCUCCUAUGA